AUGGCAGCACAAUCUAGAACGCGUCUUCUACUCAUCCUCGCUCUCCCUCCGAUGGCAAUCGGAUACGGCAUCCACAAAGGCCUCAGCGCGCUCGAGGCACAAUAUCCCGCUCUCCCGCCUGAAACAAUAACUAGCAUUGCUCUUCGCACCCCACAGAAUUCCUCAAACCAGUACUGUGCAUAUGUCGACGUCUACGCGGCUCGCGUGCCGGUCAAAGCACUGCUGCCCCGAGCUCAAAGGACAGAUGUCCCUGAUAAGAGCAAAAGUACGAACCUGGAAAUCACUAAUGCAUGGGCUCGCGCGUUCAUAGGCACCAAAGUCCUCCGCGCAGAAGGCAGUCUCAUUGGCCUCCUGGCCAAAGGAAAAUUAUCUCCAGGGGACACCGGCGAUACUUCUGCGGGAUUCGCAUCGCCUACUGCGUCAGGGGAGCCACGUAGGCUUCUGAAUGGUGCGCUGGUUGUGGAACGGCCACCGUCGGAGGAUAAUAGAAAUGGGCUAUUGAUUUCCUGGCGUAUACCGGAUGAACCGCGUCGAUUCUUCGAGAAGAUUGCUCGCUGGGGGUAUCCGUGGCGGUUGAUGUCGGGUGGUCGCCAUGAGUUGAGUGUUUCGGAGCCGUUUGAUGGGGCGGGAGACGGUGAAAGUCAAGCGCCUUUUGUAGAGGUACGGUUUGCUUCUGCUCAUGACUACGAGAUUGUCCCUGAGGAGGGAGAUCUGCAGCAUCAGAAGACGAUUCCGGGGUGGACAGGGAGACUUCAUCGGGGCUAUGCUCGGCUCUUGCUCGAUUGCUCUGUGCGGGAGCUGAAGCGAGAAUACAAGAAGACUGAAGCAGAUUGUGAACAUGACGAAAUGUCAUAA